AUUUAUAUUAUUUUGUUACUAAAUGCAUAAAAAAAUAAUAGAAGACAACUAUGUAACAAUUUACUUCGUAAGGAAAAUCCUAAGGUUGUAUCGUCAUUCAUGUUUAUAAAAAAACAAACUGGAACAUUCGAAAACCCAUUAUAUUCAAACUGCCACGGAUUCAGGUGUGUUAUUCCACUGCGAAAUUCAAUUUUCGAACGUAUAAUCGCGUGCAAAAUGUUAGGACGCGUCCAACGGGUGCUGGCCAGUUGGAAAAACUUUAAAAAUGAAUAUUUAUUCCACAAUACCAAUAACCCGCCCGUGGCGUGCGGCACAAUGGACCAUUCUACCUCAGCGGGAUGGACGCGGGAUAAUUUAAAAAAUUUAAGCGGGUGGUAAUUAUUUUAUUGAGCACCUAACGGAGCAGUAUUUUAGAUAUUGCUUACAAUAUAGUGUUUAAUAUUAAUUUAUAAUAGAAUAUAAUAAAAAAAAGUCCUGAAAUUUAUCUAGGCCCCGGGGGGAUUCGCACCCCCGAUCUCCUGUUUACUAGACAGGCGCUUUAACCAACUAAGCCACGGCGCCGGUUACUAUUAACAACAAUAUUGUACUUCAGUGACGGCCCUUAUAGUACUUUCCACUUAAUAAACAUCUUAAAUCAAAAUUUUUGAAUUUUGUUACCAGUAAACAUAUAUAUAGUUGUUGUUUCGUAACCGUUGUUUAUAAAAAUAUAAACUAUUUCUAUAAUAAUUCGCGUGAUGGUGGUAUGUGUGUGAAAGCGAAAAUUAUUCAAAUUCGCACACAUUUGCCGCCAUCUAAAUCGACCAAUACUGCUGGCCAAUGAAAGGCCCCGCGGCCGCGCCAUUCAGCGUAUGGUGCACUAACGAAAGAUCAGUACAUCGAUGGCGGCACGUUCCCCGGCGCGCUUUAUAAUUAAUGCAAUAACUGAAAGUUUAGGUGUCCGAGGACCUAAAAUCUGCAUAUUGUCUGUAUUAACUUUGUGUGGUGUCCUGAUAAAUGCUCCUGAGUGCAGAGGUAUACCAAUGCAGAUAUCCUGACGUGGUGUGGCAGUGGCAGAUUGCAAGAAUAUUAGUAGUGUUUCCUCUACCUUCUCUAAGUCAUUAUAUCUCUCUCCGGCCUUUUGUCGAAGAACUAGCGAACAGAGGACAUGAAGUGACAGUGAUCACGGCAAAUCCAGCGUAUCCGAAGGGUCAAGCGCCAGUUAACUACACAGAAAUCGACAUCCAUGAAGUAGCUUACACGUUCAAAGACAAUAUUAUCUCUAUGGCUAAGGGACGUGGCAUACAUGCCCAAAUAAGCCAGAUUUUUCAUUUAUUCCUUCAUAUUUUUGACGUGGAACUUAAAUCGGAACCAAUCAAGCAACUACUUGGAGACAAGGAGAAGAAGUUUGAUCUGCUAAUACUGGAAGCAUGCUUGAGACCUGUUUUAUCGUUGCAACAUGUGUACAAAGUUCCUGUGAUACAGAUAAGUUCAUUUGGAUCUCUAGAAGUCAACAACUAUGUUUUUGGUUCAACAUCCCAUCCGCUACUAUACCCAACAGUAUAUCAUCAAAGACUUUACAAUUUAACUAUGUGGGAGAAGUUGGUCGAAUUAUACAAUUAUUAUUAUGUUAUGUAUUUGGAUUAUUACUAUGAAAAAUUGGAAAAUGAAAUGUUGAAGAAGCAUUUUCCUGAUAUACCGCCUCUAAGUGAGUUGAGUAAUAAUGUUGAGUUCCUGUUUUUGAACGUCCAUCCGAUUUGGGAGUUCAAUCGCCCGGUGCCUCCUAAUGUGAUUUAUGUGGGAGCAUUACAUAUAAAACCACAGAAAGAGUUACCCAAAGAUUUGAAAACAUACUUUGAUUCUUCUAAAAAUGGUAUAAUUUAUAUGAGUUUUGGCACAAAUGUUGGCCCAACACAAAUUCCUGCGCAAACUAUAAGGAUUUUUUUCAAAGUUUUCUCGCAAUUGCCUUACGAUGUGCUUUGGAAAUGGGACGACGAUGAAAUUUCUGGAAAGCCAAAUAAUGUAAGAAUUGGUAAAUGGUUUCCACAAGCUGAUUUAUUACGGCAUCCAAAGGUAAAACUAUUUAUAACUCAGGGAGGGCUACAUUCAACUGAAGAGGCUAUUCAUGCUGCUGUACCGUUGGUUGCUAUACCGAUGUCUGGAGACCAGUGGUUUAAUGCUGAGAAAUAUGAGCAUCACAAGAUCGGAGUAGGACUCAACAUACACACCAUUAACGAGAAGAAUUUCAAGGAAGCUAUAACUAAAGUAAUCGAGGAUAAAAGUUACCGCAACAACAUCAUUAAACUUCGUUCGAUUAUGACCGACCAGCCGCAAGCAUCCCUCGAGCGUGCUGUAUGGUGGACAGAAUACCUUCUUAGGCACGGCAGCGCGAGGCAACUCCGGUCUCCUGCUGCGAACAUGCCGCUGUAUCAGUAUAUGGAAUUAGAAUUAGUUGUAACUAUAUUAGUUGCGUUAUCAGUUGCAUUAGUUGUGUCUUUAGUUGCAAUUUAUAGUUUAGUUAAAGUUGUAAGUAAUAUUUUUAAGACAAAAAUUAAAACUAAUUGAGUUUAGAGCGUUUUAUUUUUAUUGUUGUUAGUAAAAGUGUAAAAAAUAAUUUCAUAGUAUACAACUAUAUAACAAUCUACUGCAUGAGAAAAAAACGAAGGUCGUAUCGUCAUUCAUGUUUAUAAAAAAACAAUCAGGAAUGUUCGAGAACCUAUUUUAUUCAAACUGCCACGGAUUCAGGUGUGUUAUUCCACUGCGAAAUUCAAUUUUCGAACGUAUAAUCGCGUGCAAAAUGUUAGGACGCGUCCAACGGGUGCUGGCCAGUUGGAAAAACUUUAAAAAUGAAUAUUUAUUCCACAAUACCAAUAACCCGCCCGUGGCGUGCGGCACAAUGGACCAUUCUACCUCAGCGGGAUGGACGUGGGAUAAUUUAAAAAGUUUAAGCGUGUGGCGAUUUUUUUUUAUUAACUAACGGAGCAGUGUUUGAUGUUAAUUUAUAAAAGAAUAUCAUAAAAAUAUAUGCUGAUUUCAGCUAGGCCCCGGGGGGAUUCGAACCCCCGAUCUCCUGUUUACUAGACAGGCGCUUUAACCAACUAAGCCACGGCGCCGGUUAUGAUUAACAACAAUAUUGUGUCAGUGAUGGCUCUUAUCCUACUUUGUACUUAAUAAAAAUGUUAAAUGAAA